GAGAGAAAAAGAAUUUUAUUUUUUUAUUUGUGAUUAUUAUUAUUGAGAGUGAAAAUGCAGGCAGCAAGGAAAGCAGUUGAGACCAUUAAGGAAACAGCAGCCAACAUUGGUGCAUCUGCCAAGUCUGGCUUGGAGAAGACCAAAGCCACCGUCCAAGAAAAGAAUGAGAGGAUGAGUGCAAGUGACCCAAUGCAAAAGGAAAUGGCAACAGACAAGAAAGAAGAGAGGAUCCACCAGGCAGAGAUGGAGAAACAAGAGGCACGUGACCAUAAUGCUAAAAUGUCUGCAAGUGCUGUUGGUCACGUGACUGAGGGAGGACACCCCCACACCCACACCACCACUGGCCCUACCACUGAAACUGCUACUGGAUACUCCACCAUUGGUGACUAUGGAUCUGGACAAUCAUUGGCCACUGAUCACUCAUCAACAACUCCUGGGCUUGGGUAUGGGCUUGGGCUUGGGCAUGGGCUUGGGAAUGAAGAGGUUGUGAUGGGCUCACACCCAAUUGAGACCAACACUGGAAUUGGUGGCACAACCAAGGCUCAUAGUGUUCGUGUGCAUGGAACUGCCCCUGGGAGUGGACCUACUACUAAUAAUUAGUUAUAAGUUUCAAUGUUAAUUUGUGUGUAUUAAACUAAUUAGGGUCAUGCUCAUGGAUGUGUGACUUAUGUUGUUUCUGUUUUUUUUCGUGUACUAAUGCUACUAGUUACAAGUUGUUUGUCUCUAAUUUAGAUAUGGUACUAAGUGUUGUAUAAGUACAAACAAGUACAUGGUACAUCUUGUACCGUAGUAAAGUUGUUAUGUCUGUUUGUUGUUUCAUUAAAUAAUUAAAAGUGUGGUUGUGAUGUUUA